AGGGUGUUCUCCUGCUCCUGAUACAAAACUUGUUAGCACGUUAGCAUUAGCAGACAGCAACAGUUUAUCUCUUUAAAAAACGAAAAACAAUCCAAAUUUACACAAUGUCUGGUUCAUCCAACAUUGCAGCGAUGAAGAAGAUCGUGCUGCAGCUGCGCCUUGAAGCAGGCAUCCACAGAGUAAAGGUGUCCCAGGCCGCAGCGGACCUGCAGCAGUUCUGUCUCCAGAACGCCCAGCACGACCCUCUCCUCACCGGCAUGUCCUCCAGCAACAACCCGUUCCGACCGCAGAAAGUCUGCUCCUUCCUAUAGCAGCCCCUGAUCUGCCUCUGUCUUGGAUAUUGCAAUGGUGUGUGACCUCCUCUGCUUCAUGGACUGGAUUGUCUCAGGAGUAUUCAUUUGUAGUUAAAAAUUGUGUUUUUUUUUUUACGUGUAAUAUUGACAAAUCUGACAUUUCCAUAGGUCUAUGUGCCUACUAAAUGACUUUCCUACUUGUAAAGAUGUGUCUAACCCACAUUGUGCCUUUUAUAGAAUGUUUUUUUUCCAUACCUAACUGGGAAAAAUAAAAUGAGUAUUUUACA